AUGCCAAGGGCGAGGCUCUGUCGCAUGGUGCCUCUGCGUGGCAACCUGCUACUUUACUGCAGGCAGCGGCAUCAACUGCUUAUUCACGCAGGACUCGGCCAUUUCAUCCAUCUAAUCUUGACACGCCUGAAAGCGCACAUCACAGCAGAAACUCAUGCACAAAAGCAGUUGUCAACCACCAACUUCGCGCAUGUAGGAAUGGAGGAUGAACCCGGGAAAAAAAGCGCCCAAAACGAAACUUUCACCCAAACAUUUACUUCCCUGAAGAGCCACACUGAGCGUCUCAGGGCGUCAGGGCCCGAGGGCAGCCUUUCCGGGUUUAGGGUUUGGGGUUUGGGGUUUAGGGUUUAA